AUGAACCGAACCGGGAACACAAGGCAGGGAGGCCGCCGCGCAUCUGCCGGCGGGCACCGAGCCGAACUCUACAACCUCCCACCGACGACCGCCCCUAACACCCCCCCCCCCCCCCCCCCGCCAUCUCAGCCAUCCCAGCCAUCGAACACAAUCGAUACCACCCCCGGCCUCAUCUCCGACAUCAAGGGCCUCCUCACACAGAUCGAAGCGCAACACCAGUCCAGCCCACCCACCGCUCCGGGCUGGGUGACGACCGCCCACCGGAUCAUCGCCGCCGGCGACGCGGCCCAGAACGAAUUCGACCGCCGGCAGUUCGCCCACCAGGCCAAGCUCCAGAACCUGCAUGUCCAGCUCAAGGGCGUCACGCUGGAGAUGAUGGGGCUGAUGGCUAGGCUGGAGCAGUUGAGGGCGGAGCUGGAUGAGGCGCACUUGGGGGCUGCGAGGGGUGCAAAUGGUGCGGUGUGGCGGGCGACGCGGAUGGCGGUGGAUGUGUUGAUCGAGGCGCACCAGGGAGAUAACGAGGGGUGUGCGGGGGUCAGGAAGGAGUUGGAGGGGCUGGACGACGUGCAUGAUCUUAAGGCUGCUUCGGAUGUCGAGUGA